UCGACGGAAGUCAACUUCAGGCGGUGCUGAAUGAAAACAUUGUGGAAGCAGAACCAAACUAGUAUUUCCAGUUCCUUGCCACUGUGUAUCGAUUUGUAACAUGUUACCAAAGGGUUAAAUAACUGCUGAGUGUAACAUAUACCGGACACACAACAUAAUGAUCAGUUAAGUGAAGAUGAAAGUUUUACAGGAUCGAGUUGCACAGAUUUAUUAUACACAUGGAUUAUUCUGUGCCUCACAUCCUGUGGCGAUCCUCACAGCCCUUGUAUGUCUCAUGUUGGUUACAUUCUUUCCUUUGAUAUAUGUUCCAUUACCUGGGACAGUGCCUAAAUAUUAUACCACACCUGUUUCUCCUGACACACAACCUCAUCACACAACAAAGGGAAGUAAUGGAGAGGAAGAAGGGAAAAUGCAGCCUCACUGGUUUAAAGGUAAACCCCUAGGAUAUAUUCAGCAGAUUGUAGUCAAGGUGGCAGUUUCACCAUGGAAACCAGAUGUAAUGACACCUAGCGAUGCUUACAGAUCACCUUUAAGUAAAGUGUUCCAGCUGAUAGAUAAAAUCAAUCAUUUCCAACAUAAUGAGGGUGGAGAAGAUUAUUCCGUAUCAGAUAUUUGUUUCCGUGUAUCAGAGGCUACAUCUGCUAGGUACAUCAAGGACCUGCUGCCAGAAUAUUCCUGUAUGGUUUUAUCACCAGCUAAUCUAUGGCAGAGCAAUCCUCAGAAAUUCAGAGAUGAUGAAGUUUUGAGGACUAUAUUUAAGAGGCACGGACAAGCUCUAGAGACUCCCCCUUAUCCUAAAGACAUACUAUUUGGAUUACCAUGGACAAACACAGGAAUCUCCAGAUAUUUUAUCAGGAACAAACAAAGGACAAUAUCUUAUGCUGUCACCUUAGUCCUGAAGAAAUAUGAUCAUAAAUUUUUAGAUGCUUUAAAGAAGAAAUUGAUAGACUGGUACCCUGAGACUGUAAACAAUGUAAAUUUGACAGAACCAGUCAACAUUGUACAUGUGCACUACCAAGAAAUUAAGUUCAUGUCGGAGUAUACAUAUCUAGUGGUCACUUAUAUUGUAUUGUUCUUGUAUUUGUAUUUUUCUGUCAGUAAAAUAGAUAUGGUGAAGUCAAAAGGAGGAUUAGCUUUUAGUGCAGUAUUUACUGUUGUAGCCUCUCUUCUCAUGUCUGUCAGUAUCUGUACUAUGUUUGGAUUGACACCUACUUUAAAUGGAGGGGAGAUAUUUCCAUACCUUGUGGUACUUAUUGGUGUUGAGAACAUACUAGUGAUUACAAAGUCUGUUGUAUCAACCCCUGUAGAUUUGGAGGUCAAAUACAGGAUAGCUCAAGGUAUUAGUAAGGAAGGUUGGUACAUAACCAAGAACUUGGCAACAGAACUGAUGAUUGUAGUUGGAGGUUUUGUUACAUUUGUUCCACAGAUUCAGGAGUUUGCUGUAUUUGCGUUGGUUGGUUUACUGACUGAUUUCUUCCUACAAGUUGUGUUCUUUGUUACAGUAUUAUCUGUUGAUAUCAGAAGAAUGGAACUAUCAGAUUUACACAAGAGGGCCAUCAGAAGAAGUACAUCAGAUUCUGUUCUAAGAAAGAAAGAAAAUAUGGAGCCAUUAGUCCGAUGUCCUGUGAUGACAUUAUUGGGAUCAGCUGAGACAGGUUCUAAAUCUCCCGGAGCACCCUCACAACCAGUGAAAAAAGAUGGGUUCUUAUCUAAUCCACAGGCUCUUCAAUCUUCCAGGAGACUUAAAUUGAUAGAUUUUAUAGGCAGAACAAGAGCUUUACAGAAGUGUAUGAUGGUUUGUACAGUUAUCUGGAUAGGAUUGAUUGUCUACAAAUCAGGUCUGGUAGAACAUUUAACUAAUUCUACACUAGCUAUUAAUUAUUCUAUCAACCAAGCAAAGCAGAACAGUGGUAAAGAUGAGUAUUAUGGAAUGUCAUUUCCUUGGGGAUUCCUAGAGUCAGAAGAGAUAUCACCAGUGAAUCAUACGGAAGCAGAAUUGUGGAAGGACUUGAAUCAUAAACAUUGGCUGACUAUGUUUGGUUAUUACAAUAUAAGUCUUUAUGGCAGAUACAUCAGUAUUAUUCCAUCAAUCCAUAUAUCUAUGCUCAUUAAUCCACAAGAAGCCAUACAGUUCAGACAGCCUUCAGAUGGUACACCAGAACAACAGAGUAAUAGAGUAGACAUGACAGAAGACGUCACAGUAGAAGGAGGAGAUUUUCCACCACAAUAUAUGUAUGAUUCAGAACAUUUCAAGCAGUUUUAUCCAAAGUCACGGAGAGAGUAUGUGAUAACUAUGUGCUUUGGAAUUCUUACUGUUAUUUGCAUUUCAUAUUUUGUUGUAGCAUUAUAUCAUUGUAUUUGUCCACGCAACUAUGCCAAAUGGCGACAAAAGUGGAGCCGUAAUGGGAGAAAAAACCGUCAUAGUGGAUACAUAAGACAGAUAAAAGCAUCUGUACCAAAGGUUCUUAAAGGACAUGCUCAGGAGAUUGAGUGUUUAGCAACAGAUGGACAUUUUAUUGUUAGUACUUGUCUGGGUGGACAGUUACGUGUAUGGGAUUCCAUAACUGGAGAAUGUGUCACAGUUAUACUCAGGAAAAGUGUAACACCACCGAUGAAACGUAAACCAUGUGUUGGACGUAACAUAGAAGACAGUGAUGCUGAUCUGUAUGCAGAAUACCAUGGUGAUGAUAGUUCAGUAUUUCCUAAGGAUUUAAAUAUUGUAGGUCCCAGACAGAGAAGUUCCAGCAAACGUCAAAGUACUGAACCUCAAAGGAAACUAUUUACAAAUCAGCCUGAUUUAUCAGGUUCAGUUUACACAAACUUUUCAUCACUGUCAAAUGAUGACCCGUUGUCUUUGACACCAUCCCCUCAGCCAAAUAAUGCAGGGUUUGAUUUUAGAGGACAAUUUGGCAGUAUUUAUACAAACCACCAACGAUUCUUAGAAGAAAACGGUGAUGGUAACCUUAGGGAUGGAGGACAGACCAACCAGAAUGAUGAAUGGAGGUCAAGGAGCUGGAGUGCUGGUGACCUUCCAGUAACACUGCAGCAUGAUGCUUCUCUGUUUGAUACUGGUUUCCAAGACAACCAAGCUCCUCCCAUCUGGUGUCUGUCAUUCUCAGACGGUCUUGUAGCAGCUGGCUGUGGCAAUGGAAGAAUUGAGCUGUGGGAUGGAGCAUCAGGAACCCUCAAGAAUAUGUUUGGAGACAGUAGAGUAGGUGUCACAUCUGUUUGUCUGGUGGGUAAUAGGGUUGUUGCUGCCAGGUUAAAUGGAACAAUAGAUUUUAUAGACUUAGAGACAUUCCAUAAUCCUGCUUUCACUUCUACAUCUACACCUAAUACUAGUUUUACCAAAGGUCAUAGUAGGCAGUAUAGUCAAGCCAAAGUGAAAGUAGAAAGUUUACAGCGACGUGAUGAAAUCAUUCAUAUGACAUUAAUGAAGAGUAUCAAGGCUCAUCAACAACAAAUAGUAUCAUUACAGUAUGCAGGGACAUGUAGGAAAAUUAUAUCAGCAAGCCAAGAUCAUACCCUCAAGGUUUUCCAGAUAGAUGAUGCUUUCUGUUUGUAUACACUACAUGGGCAUUCUGCUAAAAUUACAGUACUGUAUAUUGAUAAGGUGCCACCAUUUUAUGCUGCCAGUGGUGAUGCUGAUGGAAUUGUCAGACUAUGGGACCUCCAGGCUGGUACCUGUCUACACAAGGUUAAGGGUCAUGAUGGUGCUGUUGUGUCAAUAAAUAGUACAGAUAAGCAUGUGAUUAGUUCGGGAUUGGAUGAUAAACUGUGUAUCUGGGACAGGAAAAAAGGCUGCAUACAGCAUUCCCUAGAUCUGGACCCUUGUGGUAAUAAUUGUUUGUCAUUGCUGUCCAAAGAUUUAUUGGUCACUGGUGGACAGGGGUGUAUACACUUGUUAGAUAUAAUUAAAGGACAGAUUAUAAAGACAAUCAGUUUAGGUGACAGUACAGACAAAAUGGCCUUUGUCCAUCAGAUAAAAGUGGUUGAGAGUACAGUGAUAGUUUGCGAUUAUGCCAGUGACAUGAAAGUCAUCCAUUUCCCAACUGUGCUUGAGAAAGUUGAGUAGUACAGGAAAGGGCAAAAAAAGUUCUUGAAUGUUAUUGAGACAGGGUUU